CGCGAGGCGCAUACAGAAGGUGCAAAUUUCUCCAUUUUAAAAAAACCUGAUAUUGAAGUAGCGAGUUUUUCCAGAUUGUUCUUCUUCUGUUUUGAAACUAAUCAAGUGAGCUGCCACCAGAGAUCAUGAAUCAAGCCUAUUAGCUUGUUCGACUUCAGUGAUUUUGUAGUUCUGAACCGUCCAAUCAUCGGCCCUUAUGAUGUCACUAGAAGAGGACUUGGAAAGCUUGGCCUUGCACGAGAAGCCCUUAAAGACCAAGCGGCCACGGCAGAGAGUUGACGCCGGCGAACCAAGAAACAGCUAUUCUAGUGUCGCUAGUUUCAGUGUACGGUCGAGUCCACCUUUUCAGCCUUAUCAGAAUGGAUCUGGUAUGCCACUGCCUAGCAGGGUGUACGAUAGCUUAGUGGCCCGACAAACCUUUGAUGUGGAGACAGCUUUUAUUGUGCUAGACAGCAGUCCUAAAAGUGUAAACAGUUCGACUGUCGUGUCCGAGAAUUCACCAAUCAUUCGCCAGAGUAAGAUGUACCUGAACGACAAUGUUUCCUCGGAUGCUGACAUGCCAUCUAUAUAUCUUCCUAGUACAGAGUGCUCUGCUGAGGCACCGCUGUUAGACAGUGGUCACCUGAGGAGCCGAAUUUUACCCGAACGUUCAAGUAGUGUCCCUCCAAUCUUCGGCGAGGAGCGAGUAGAAAACCGGCCUACAAGUCGCAGCAGAAUGUCCGACCAAGAACAGAAACAGUCGCCUGCUCACAGUCCCGCGGUAACGCUGAGCCCAGUCUGUCCUCACGUAAUGCCUGACAACUCAUCAACGUCUGGUAGUAAUCUGGUACAGGUAAAGCGUGCUCGCGUAGAAACUAUUGUGUCCAGUAUGCACCAGUGUGCAGACGGUCAGCGCUUUCCAGAUAAUCCUUCUCAGGUCCCGGUCAAUGGAUGUAAAAAGAGAAAACUUUAUCAGCCGCAACAACAUGAAGUCAGUAGGGUUACGAACAGAGAAUACGAAAACGAAGAGAAAUACGACAAGGAGGUUGCUGGAUCUCCACCAAAACAGCGUCACUUACUUCGAGAAGAUCUCAAAUCACAGUUACAAAAAAUGCAAGAACAAUUAGCUGUGAUUCAACAACAUUACACUGAAUUAUUUACAGAACAAGUCAACAAUUCUUCGGCUAUAAAAUCAGAGAAAAAACUAGAACUGAAUUAUAACACCAGUCAUGAUGAUAAGCGGGACAGAUCCUCAGUGUUUAGUACUUCAUAUCCUACAGUCAGUAAGGCUAAUUCUAGUGUUGCUAACAACGCAACGAGAGAUAGCAAGAGUGUUGUUCAAAUGAUUGAAGAAGCCACGCAGCUGGAGAUACUCAGUCUGGAAAAAAAUCUGAAAAAACGAACGCAAGAUAACCGUCAGUCCUGCAUUGUAAAACCAAACGAUCAUUGUAGCCAGACUGAAAUGACUACUGACUUAGACAGCUUGGUUGCUGCUCUAAAGUCGGAGAUCUCCAGCACACUAACACACAUCAUAGAUUCUAUUGUGACAAGGUACAAACAAACAAAGAAUUUCUCUAAAACAAUGGAACCGGAACUGACAAAAGAUCCGACAUUUCUAAGUCAAACUCUUGAUCGUAAAUCCCCACGUGCCAAAGUGCUUGAUCGCUCCAGCAGAGCAACUAGUCAACUUCUGGUUGGACAAGGUGACACUACAAGACCUCAUGUUUUAUAUCUACCAGGAAUCAGGCCUCCCUCAUCUUUAAUCUGCCCAACCUCCUCAUCCCAAUCAAUACAGUUCGCAUCGAUGAAUAUCCCCUACCACUAUCAUCUUCCUCAUCCUCACUUCACGGGAAGCCUAGAAGGAAAACGAGUGACAAAUAAUGACAUAACAGAGCAAACAGAGGCCAUGUCCCUUGUGGUGACGCCAAAAAAGAAACGUCACAAAGUGACCGACACGCGUGUGACUCCUCGUCUGAUGAGUCAGUUCAUCGGUCAAGAAGAUUCUAGUCCAAAGAACCCUUUUAGUACCAACAUAGCACAACCGUCUAUGGGUUUUCCGAUCUACACUCACCACCCACCGCCUCUGGUUCCAGUGAAUUUGCCUACAUCUGUGGCUAUUCCUAACCCUAGUCUCCACCAUUCAGAAUCGUUUCCUUAUCAUCACGAAAGAACUAGACCAGCGUACUUUAGCCACAAGAACCAAGAAGACGAUUCUUUAUCAUCAUCGCCCAAUGUACCUGCUCACUAUCCUGGUCCUCAAAAUUCUCAAGCUUUCUCCUACCUGAAGCAAGACGUAGAGGAAGGAUCAGAUGGCGGAGAAAGUUUAAACUACGAGUCAAGUCUAAGCAGCAGCAGCACUCUAACUCCGAUGCACCUGAGGAAGGCCAAGCUUAUGUUCUUCUAUGUGAGAUAUCCCAGUUCCACGCUCCUGAAGCUAUGCUUCCCGGACAUCAAGUUCAACAAGAACAACACAGCUCAACUCGUCAAGUGGUUCUCUAAUUUCAGGGAGUUUUUCUACAUUCAAAUGGAGAAGUUCUCUCGACAGGCUCUCAAUGAAGGCCUUAAAAAUUCAGAAGAGUUGAAAGUCAACUUUGAUUCAGAGUUGAUGAGAACUCUUAAUCUUCAUUACAAUAGAAACAACCACAUCGAGGUCCCUGAGAACUUUCGGUUCGUGGUUGAGCACACAUUAAGAGAAUUCUUCAAAGUAAUCAAAACUGGUAAAGACCAAGAACAAUCAUGGAAAAAAAGUAUAUAUAAGGUCAUAGCUCGUCUCGACGAUAAAGUUCCAGAGAAUUUCAAAACCCCAAAUUUCUUAGAGUAACUAGAAUUACCAUUUAACUACCUUUGUUGGAAAUUAUCACAUGGCAAGGAUGUUUUAACCAAAGAGAUCUGAAGUGGCUGAUCUAUAGGAGCUCACUGCUGGUAAAUUACUCUUCUAGACGUUGAAAUGAUAUACAAAAAGAUACACAUAUCGAACAUACUCUCAUAGAUCUUUGUGUCUUGCGGAUUCGUGCCUUGGACUUUAGUGAUAUCUUUUGCGAAAGACAUUUUUACACUGACCUGAUUUAAUCAUCUGAAAACCGUGAUAUUCCAGAAAACUCAUGAAAUCUGAGACAUGAGUCUUAGGUUUUGUCCUUUUAAUUUUCAGAUCUGUUUUAACUGUACUAAGACUACAUGAUAAGAAAAUGGCGAGCGGAUUUGUUCAUGGCUGUAAUCCAUAAUUACUCUUUAGGGAUUAGUUCGUUGGAUUUAUUCGGAAGAUUAUCCUUUUUAGAUUCCCUUUUUUCCCCUAUAACAACUGUUUUUCUUGUAUUCCAUUUAAAGAAAUAUUUAGAACCAAUUAAUUAAUUAACCUUUGUUUUCAAUGUAUCUAAAGCACCCAUUAGAUAUCGCGACGAGUGUCCUAAUCGCAGGAUGUGCAAAUAAUUUUGUUUUACUUCAAGUCUAUUGCACCAUCUAGAGGACCAUUGUUGUGUUCGUGAAAGAUCUGUGUUUUUUAAUAUAUAUUUUAUGGACACUUUUUAAAAAGACUAUCAAACUAUGAAGCAUGGCGCUUUGGGAUUUUAGAUAACUGGUAAAUUUUAGACCUUAAGAAAGCAUUGGUUUGCUAAGCAUUAUUAGCAGCAGAGAGUUAUUCUUUAAUUAAAUUGGUAGUGAUUCUAUUUUUUGUUCUUUCAAAACACAUUUGAAUCAAUUUGUCUUAGUACAUUUGUGCGUAUAUAUAUAUGUGUGUAUUUGUGUAAUAUUAUUACUUUUAAUAAUGAUUAUUGUAAUUAUUACUUAUAGCAACGACAAUACAUAUUUAAGUAACGUUUUCGAGUUUAGCUUGUUGAAAAUUUUAUCCCUGGAAAUUCCUCUUUUUGGUUCUUAAAACUAGACUCAUCAGUAAAGUUAACUCAGACUUGUCUGAAAAUCUCCCGCCAUUUCAUCAUCACUCUCCUGUCGCAAGUUACCUACCGUUUACUCUAUUAAUUCCGCCUGAUUUUUGACUCGCUCUGCUUAAUACUACUUGACUACCAUUAUUCCUCAAUGCUAGUUUAUUCUUUUAAUACAACCUGGCUAGCACUAUUCUUCAUUGUAGGCUUGCUCUUCUAAUACAACCUGGCCACCAAUACUCCCCAUUGUUUUCUAUUUUUGAUUAGCUAGCAUUAUUUCUCAUUAUAGUACUGCUCUUCUAAUACAACCUGGCCACCAAUACUCCCCAUUGUUUUCUAUUUUUGAUUAGCUAACAUUAUUUCUCAUUAUAGUACUGCUCUUCUAAUACAACCUGGCCACCAAUACUCCCCAUUGUUUUCUAUUUUUGAUUAGCUAGCAUUAUUUCUCAUUAUAGUACUGCUCUUCUAAUAUAACCUGGCCACCAAUACUCCCCAUUGUUAGCUUGCUUUUUUUAAUACAACCGGUUAACAUUAUUCACCAUAGUUGAUCUGUUCUUUUAAUACUAUUUGACUACCAUUAUUCCUUAUUGUUGAUUUGCUCUUUUAAUACAACGUUACUAAUAAUAUUUAUCAUUGUAGCUUGCUGUUUUAACACAGCUUGGCUAUCAUUAUUUAUUAUUGUUAGCUUGCUUUUAUAAUACAAUCUCACUGGCAUUAUUCCUCAUUGUUGAUUUACUCUUUUAAUACAACCAGGCUAGUAUUAUUCCCUUGCUUGGAUGACUAAGGACUUAAGCUCACAAUUCGCUUAUUUUUUGCUUUACUUGCUAAUAUUUUCAUUGUUUUUGCCUAAUAAUUGAUUAAUAACAUGUCGCCCAUGAAGAAGUACUAAGGUCUGAAGUUUAGCAGUCUAUUAAUGUACCAGAUUAUAUAUAUAUUAAUGAUACAACCGGCAGGAUGAUGGUGGAAAGUUGCCUAAACCUAAUACUUCCAUAUCCCGGCUUUCUCUUACAAUAGAUAUUACUUUGUAUUCCUCACACGGGGAUUUCUAAUUAUUGGCAGCGCUUUUAAUUUACGAAUCUCUCUUUCGCUUCUACAAUUAACAUAAAAAAAGAAAGAAAAUAAACCAACGAUUUCUUGGUCAUUCGCCAAAAAAAACAUUGUUUUAUAUUUUUAUUCUAGUAAUUCCUAUGGCUACGAAUAUGGUUGACGAAGAGAUAGUAGCACCUGUAUAUCAUUAUGAUUAUUUGUUAUGCAGAUAUAAUCUAAAUACAUAUAUAAGUUUAUAGGAAUGUAACAUAUAUAUAUAUAUAUAUACGUUCAUCAGAAUUUCAGACAACAAUAACAUCGAAAAGGAAGUUGGAGAUGUGUAGGUACAAAUGUAAGUUUUUAUGUUAAGUAAAUUGUAUAUAUAUAUAUAUAUAUAUAUUCAUCAAUCAGGGUAUUAAUGUAUAAGUUAUCACAAUCGAAAACAGAGCUGUAAUAUGGAUAUCCGCACUUGCGUUUGCCUUUAUUUUCAUUAGAAGUUUUUUAGAAGCUCACCACUAGAAGGUGGUAACGUUGGUAUCAAUUUUAUGUCGAGAAAUCGCCUGUUUAAUCUCCAUUCCAGAAUUAAUCUUGAUAUGUGUAUUAAUGAUUUUACACACCUUUGGAAAACUAACUUUGAAUCCAAGUAGUUUUCCAAGUUCAAACUAAUAAAACCAUUUGUUUAUCUCGUCUUGAGGACGUAUCUAUUAAAUAACUGUAUAUGUUAAAAACUCAAGAAGCAAUCUCUUUAAGACAAGAUAUUGAUCACUUGAGUUAACCUGCAAAUGAUAUUUGGAUCGAAAUAAAAUAUUAAAGGUAAAAACUAUUUUAGAAACUUUAAACUAGAAUUAAACGUUGUUUAUCGUAUGGAUUUCUCAGCUUUUCAAAUUAGUGAAAAUUAUAAUUAAGUAUAAGACCUCUGAAACUUAUUUUAUUAGUCAGUCUUUAGGUUCUUUAAUAUUGCAGUGUAUCGUGUUGUAAAUUAGUUUCAUAGUUUGUUGGAUCCUUAAAAAAAAAACGUAUAUUUCCCAAUGAUACUAAAGUAAUCUUUUUUCACUAUUUCAAUUUUCACUACCAUGAAAAUUACCUCAGAAACUGAUACGCUUAUUUUAAAAUGUAAUGUUUUUGUUUUUUAAUCUUGCAUAUUAUAUUGUAUUGCUAGACGUUCGUUUUUUCAGUCUCAGCUCAUAUUGGUGGAUAGGGCGCUCGACUCGCAAUCUGUGGAUCGCGGAAUCGAACUCCGUCACCGAACAUUCUUGCCUCUUCAGCCAUGGAGUCGUUAUAAUCUGAUGGUCAGUUCCAUACUUUGUUGAUAAAGAGUAGGUUAAAAUUUAGCAAUGGGUGUUGUUGACUAACUGUCUUCCCUCUAGUCUAUCACUUCAAAAUUAGGGACGACUAGUGCAUACAGCCCUUGUGUAGCUUUGCGCGAAAUUGAACAAACGAAAUAUAUCAUAAUGUUGUCCACUUAAAUAAAUGUUGAUCAACUUAAUGUCUUAUCGUCUUACACUGGCGAACGUUUACUUUACAAAAUAACAAAAAACUUACGUCACUGUAUAUUUUCUCAGUAUGAUUUUCAUUAAUAGUUUGAACACGUUGUUCCACAUCAUUAACAUUUGUUUUAUUUCAUAUACAUAUAUAAGCUGCUUUCCUCACCUGCGUGAGCGCCAUAUAGUGGUAAUGAUUUUCGUUAAUGAUUUGUAAUUAGUUAUCUUUCACGGUAUUUGUUUUUCUAUAUAACGUUUAUCUCACCAUUAUACAGCUCCAUCUAGUGGUAAUGAAUAAAUCUUUGCUGCUUCUAUGUCAAGGACAUAAUCAUCAACACUUCCUUCUUAAUGUGUGUUUGAGAAACGGGAAGAGAAGUUGAGUCUUAGUAAUAAAUCUGAUUCUGCUAUUUACAAGUACUUUUCUGGGUAGAGAGAUAAACCAUGCGUAGCAGGAACACCUAAUUAAAUUCCUCAGAAUUUCUUUUCUUCUAGACUUAAGUAAUGUUUUCCUCAAUUGAAUUAUUUGAGGAAGAGCUCGUCGAGCCCAUUAAACUCUAUAACUUGUACAACUUGAACUUUGGUUGUUUUUUCUUUUGUUCCACGACUAGGAUUUCAAUAACGAUGCAUUAUAGUUGCUAUAGAGAUACGUUAUUUUUACUAUAGUGGCUACUAUGUAAUGAAAAAUAAAAGAGCCGGAAGGAUGAAUAUUAAUCUUUAUUUAAUGGUCAUUGUCAGAAGACAUUACAAUUACUUACGGAUAAGGUUUACACAAGCAUUCUUAUUUAGAAAAAUAUGUGCUUUUUGAAGACAGAAUUUUUUAAACUAAAUAUUGUUGUCACUUUUACGAAAAUGAAAAAGGAGUUAAAACGAAUCUGUUAUGUAACAAAUCAGAGUUGCUUCUCUGCAUCAACUUUUUUUUUCUUUCCGUUUUACUUUCAUCAGCAAUAAAGUUUUCAUUGAAUGUUUUGCUUGAAGAUUAUAUUCGGUGGUUUCCGUAUUGUUGGUGAAGUUUUACUUUAAUUUUUUGGUUUCAGAACAAUUUAAACGUAAUAUUUUUUUUCUGGAAAACUCACACUUCCUGGUAAUUUUUACUUCAAGAAGUGCCUUUAUUCUCCAAUGUUGUACGUAUUGUGUUAUUUUUUAUUACUUUCUGAACGAUACGGCGCUUUUUCAAUUAUAAAAAUGAAUUAUUAUAUGUGAAAUAUGUCAGCCAGAUUGACAAAAGUAUACCUAGAGACGUUUGAUAUAAGAAAUAGUUCGGUACCAUUGUCUCAUGUAUUGUAAUACUGGUCGUUUCAACAAAAUUUUAUCUAUAUAUUUUGUUUAAUCCACUAUGGUUAAGCACGUUGGAUUCGUAGUUUUAUUAUUGUAAUUUAUUCAAUAGGUUAUUUAUAAAUACAGUACUACUUAGUGUUAGGCUACGAAUGUAUGCACGUUACAGGUGUAAACACGCUUCACAAGACGGACUAAAACAUCCAAGUGUUGUUUACACAAUCCAGUUUAUGUGGUAAUUUUUUAAUUGGUUAAGAUAUAUAUAUAUAUAGUCAAACAUUGAAAUGUGCUUUUGUCACUCCUAUUUGUUAUAUUUUAUGGAACAUCGCCCUUCAUUGUACAAGCCACCUGAUUGGUUUACUGUGUACGUAUUGACUCAAGUGAUAAUAAAUACUUGUUUUUACACAAAUGAA